AUGAUGGAAAAUUGUUGGAGGAAGUCAAGGAACGGAACCAGUUGCGUUUUCCCAAGAGUCACAACAAGAACGCCAUCGAUAACGGCUAGCGACCGCCGAGUGUCUAUAUCGAUAUAUUGGAUUCUGGUUUUAUGUCGGGUGAUUAUCGGGAAUUUGAGAUCAGAACUUGGUAUGGACAAGGAUGAGAAACUGGAAUCGUCUCGCAGCAGCGGAAAUUUGCCUUACGGAGAAUGCCCUAAGACGCCGGACCACAAUAUAGGUUAUAACUCCUUGGGUCGGUAUUUGGCUUCUUCAAGUGUAAAUAGUUGUAGUAAGCCAUUGUUGUCAGUCGCGUAUUGGAGAUAUGGUUUGAAUUGGCUGUGGCGCGGAGCGAUGGUUGAUGAAAAGAUAUGGGUGAUCAAGCAUUCGACUUCGUAUUCUCGUAAAGCACAGGCAAGCCUGGAUGGCGCUGAAAAGGCUACGUUUUGGGCGCCAGAUCUUGGUGCCCGCAACUUGGGUGAAGGGCAAAACAGGACGAAGUCGGGUUCUAUUUUAGAUCCAACUAUUUCAGAGAUAGAGGAGCCUCGAUCCUAA